AUGGCCACUCUUCGCUCCGCGUUCAUCCUCGCGUUGGUCCUCGUCUCUCUCCCUGCGCUCUAUGCCGCGGCUGCGCCACUGCAGGGUGACGUGGCUGGUGGAAGUGCAGGCGUGGACGCGGCGAGUUGGGGCCGCAAGCUGCUGGAAGCGAGCGGCGGUGACGUGGACGUGGGUGGCGAGGAGGAGGAGGUGGGGGAGGCGACGGACGGGCUGGACGAGGCGGUGCGGGUGCUGCUGAGCUGGAAGAAGAUCAAGAACGCGGCGAAUCAAGCGGCGAAGAGCGAGGCGGGGCAGAAGGCGGGAGGGUUGGUGAAGAAUGUGGUGAAGAAGGGCGGCAAGGAGGCGCUCACGGCUGCAGUCAACGCGUUCCGCAGCGGCAAGGGCGCCAAGGGUGCCCUGCAGGCGGGCGCUGGCUCGUUCCUGCCCACUUUUACUGCCUCGCUAGCCACUGUCACUACUGACGUGACCGCAGCUGCUGUUACGACUACGUCGCGGUCUCGAGUCACUGCUCGCAACACUACUACUCUUCCUUGCCCUGCUGUUCCCUCCGGGUCUCUAACUGGCUUCCACGUCCCCUCGUUCUCGAGGAACUUGGUGGGCGUGAGGCCUCUUGUGAGUCAGCACGUGGGUGUGUGGAUUGAGCCCUCUGGUGAGACGGCGGUUGCUGCGUCCCCCCAGGUAGCUGUGUCUGGUCCAGUUGCUGCGUCGUGCUCCUGCCGCUCGCUUGCACACCCCACCGUUCUGUGGCACCACCGGACGGGGCACCCGUCCCUCCCUCGUCUGCGUGCUAUGUCUCGUCAGCGUCUUGUCUUAGGCCUCCCGCGUGUCUUGCCGUCGCUGCUGCCUUCACUUGCACCGCCGUGCGGUCCCUGCGUCGAGGGUCGGCUGUGCGCCACCCCUCACUCCUCCUCCCUUCGUCCGGCCACCGAGCCUUUUGAGACGCUCCACUUGGACGUCUGGGGCCCCGCCCCGCCCCUUGCCUUGGCCCUGAGCGCGAGCGUUUCUUUCUGGUGGUACGCCGCUCACCAGCUGAACCUCUGGCCACGCGUCUCUCGGCCAGAGUCUUCACCGACCAGUCUUUGGACCUGGUCCCCUGGUGUUGCGUCGAGGUUUCGUGUCUGGGGUUGCUUGGCUCUUGUCCGCGACACUUCCGCGGACAAGCUCUCGCCUCACGCCGUUCCCUGUAUCUUCCUUGGUUUCCUUGAGGACUCCUUUGACUUCACCUUUUACCACCCUCCCUCUCACCGGUUCUUUGACUCCCGUGACGUCCGUUUUGAGGAGUCCACGGCCUACUACGCCAGGUACCCCAGUCGAGGUGUGUCCCAGGCUACCCCUCCCCCCUCGGUAGCCCCUCAGGUGUAG